AUGAACUCUACCACUGGACUUCCGCAUGUUUCUAAUACAAUUUUUAAGGAAAUUGAUAAUAUGUGUGUAAAAUAUCUUAUACCAAAUUUGUUAGCUUUACAAUGGAAACAAAUAUUAGAAAGCCUUCUAUAUAGGUCUUUACUAUGUGAUAAUGAGCUUAAUGUUAAUACUAAGGAUUAUGCUAAUAGUGAAGUGAUCGAAGUCUGGAAGUUAAUACCUUCUCGUUGGUAUUCUAAUGAAAGUAUUACUUCAUUUGAUAGUGAUCAGGAAUUAUCUAUUCAGCUAGUACAAAGUAAAGGUAAAUUACUCCCAACUAUAAUAUUUGAAGUAUUAGAAAGGAUUCGUGAACAAGAAGUUAAUAGUAAAAUUGCCGUAAAAUUAGAUUCAAAAAAAGUUUCUUAUGGUCAUGGUCUAGGAAUUUGUAAAAAAGCAUUAAAUAUCGCGAUUAUGAAUAGUACAAAUAAGGUUUUAGAGGAUCUUCUGCAACAUUUUAUUGACGAACAAGUUUCAGCACAAAGUAGUGACACUGCUUCAAAUUUAUCUGAACAAGGCAUAGGUCAGGAAAUUAAUAGUCUUAUAAUUUCAAACCCUUCUCAACAUAAAGGCAAGGGGUGCCCUACAAAUAAGAGAUAUUUGUCUGCUAUUGAGAAUCUGGAUAACAAGCUUGUUCGUUCAAAUAAUCAAGAUGAAAUUUCAGAGUUUGGAUCAAAAAAGAAAAACAAACGUCAAUGUACUUUGUGUAAAUCAUGA